CUUUCAAUUUAGACGAAUUGUAAAGUUUCAAUGAUCCAGAAAUAAGUCGAAUUCGUUGAAGUAAUGGAUAUCGACGAUCAGAGCCGUAUAUAUAUGGUAUAUAUGGUAUUAUACACAAAGCUAUCUGAACAAGACACAUAUCUGUACGUAUACCAUGAAAACAGUGCGGGCCCGAAAACAUAUCGUGUGUAUCUGUAAGGAAAGAUGAUCAAGAACAGACUUAUUGAAGGUGGGCAACAUAUAGCUCUGGUGAUUUCACCACUAAAAGCACUGAUGGCUGAUCAGGUUGCUCAACUCCAAAAGAGGAACAUUAAGGCAGCCGCUUUAAUGGAGGACACCCGAGAUAUAGCUGAUGAUGAAAGCAUCAUUUUUGUCUCACCAGAAGCUGCCACACUGACCAGGUGGAAAAGACUGUUAGGGGAAAAGUUCCAGAACCCGAUAUGUCUUCUUGCAUUUGAUGAAGCUCACUGCAUUUCAUCCUGGUAUGAUAUGAUUAUAAGAUUUACAUAAUCCAAAAUGGUAGCAUUUAAUUUAGUGAGCAUGUCUGUUCCUAUUUUGUCAUCUGUUAAUAGACAGAAAACCAUUCAAUUACACCAAUUGUAAUUUUGAUAAUUACAUAAUUAAAUCUGAUUUGAUCAGAUUUUCGACCAAGCUACAGAC